CAAACUUCAAAGUGCCUGCAUGUUUGUGAUCAGUUUUUGUCAAACGUUUGAGGUAUAUUCGAUAUUAAAAAUAUAUGGAAACCAGUUACAAAUGGAUUAACUCAAUAUGAGCCUCAGGAAAACAUUACGUUCCCGAUUCAAGGGAGAUAAAUCUGAAGAGAAGAAUGCUUCAAAAGGUUCGAGAGACAGAAGUUUCAGUGAUUCCAGUGGAAAAGAUGAGCUGUUUGAGAUUGUUGAUUCGGAGAAGGAGGAUGAGAAGCUACUAGAUGGAAGUCAUCACGCGUCUGCCGACAACAGUGUCCAGCACUUCGAGGACCGUCUUGUGUUUGAGCAGCAGCUUACACAGCUUCAGGAACAACUUGUUGGUGUGAUGAUAGAAAACCAGAAUUUACAAACUGAGUUGAACCAGUUCAAGGAAAGUAGUUUGUUAGACAAACUGAAGCAAGAACUAGAAUACGAGAAGAAAAAAUGUGUGCAUCUUGAAACCAAAUGCAAAUCUUUGUUGAAAAAAAAAAAAAAAAGAAAGAGCAACACCCCAGACUCUGACAGUGGCCAUGACAAACCGAAGAGCAGUGAUUCUGGCAGUGUUACAACUGAAGAUGCUGUGGAGGAUGAAACAGAUGCUGCUCCUAUAGACAAGAAACCCGUUGACGUGAGCAAGCAGUCGAUAUUUGAUCGAGUGUGGGAGGCCAUUAUGAGGGUUGUGUAUGAGUUUCUGGAUGAUUUCACAGAAGCACCGGAUAAUGAACAAAACGAGGAGCAGGAAGCAGACGCGCUUUCUCCCACGAAGUUAAAAGACAACAUUAAGAGAUUUGGUGCUGCCUGCAAGCCCUAUGUGAACACUGUGAAAGGCUUUUACCAUCUCGUCACGUGGAAAUCUCCACCGUACACUCUUAUUGUUUUCAUUGUGUAUAUGUACUCAGUGUACAUGGGCUGGUUUCUACCUGUUGUUUUGUUCUGCUUUUCGUUCCGACUCUUCAUCAGCUACCUAAGAUACAGAGGUUGGAAUAUCAACUUUAAUUUCUUUGAUCCUGGAGAAGAACAAAAGGAUGCGGAUGACAACAAAGACUUGAAAGUAUCGGCAAAGUUCAGUCUGGUAUUGCUGGUGGCGAGGAAAGCACAGAAUAUACUUGGAUCUUUUGCUGACAGUCUGGAAAAAAUUAAAAACUUGUUGACUUGGCGUCAACCAUCUGCUACAAAAGAGAUCUUCUUUAAACUUAUCUGUGCCAGUAUCUUCUCAGUGAUAUUCCCAGCAAAUUACUUGUUUUAUAUUGCAGGACUAUAUUUUGGGAUCAAGUUAUUUAUCAUUGACUACCUGUUUCUGCGGUUUCCACGUUUGAAGCAGAAAUAUGACUCCACCCAUAAGAUAUGGCUCUCACUUCCGACUGAUGCAGAGUUUGAGAAACAACAGUUGAAGUCGGAGAUUGACAAGUACAUUCUUCCCAAGAGAGAUAACUCUGCUGAACAGGAGACUGAUGGGAUAUUUGGGUUGUCCUCCGAAGACAGGACAUUUUGUGAACUCUUCUCCCUUCCCCUUGAAGAAUGUCCACUUUCAGACUGGCGUGGUGGGCGUCGCUGUACCUUGAUUAACCGGGAUAAAUCUUUACCAUCAGCUUUUAAAAACGGAAAGCUUUUUCUUACAAGAAGCUUCCUGUGCUUUGAGAAAACAAAAUCGCCAUCGCCAACAAACAUAGUUAUUCCUCUCUCUGAUAUUACUAAGCUAGAAAAGGCAAAACCCUAUUCCUGGAUGCCUGGUGGAGGGAUGGCUAUUGAAAUUGCAGUACAGGGAUCAGAUAAGACAACCAUAUUUGGAGCAAUAUUAAACCGAGAUGAGGUGUUUGAAAGUAUUAUCAAAGCUGGAAAGUCAGCUGGUCUUCAGUGGGCUAGUCAUUCGGAUUACUCAUAUAUUGAUACAACUUGAUUGGUGCAUAUCACAUGGUGGUGUGCUCAAAAGAGGUGGAAUUUUUUAUGUUAUUUUUGUUCACAAUGUAUUCUAAGAGGUCUCGCAAACUACCAGCAAACUUUCAUGAAGAUACUUAAUUCAGGUUCUUUUGUACCAAAUAUUUGAUCAGAGAAAUCCAUGCAGGCCUUUCUACAGUUUCGUUUGAUGAAUUACACAUGCAUAUUGUACAAUAUUUAGGGCUACUUAGUGGUUGUUCAGUUAUCUACUAUUUCAUGAGUACAAACUGUAGUCUUUAGAGUGUUUUGGUACCUUCCUCCCCCUCCUGAAAGCAUGUACAUAAAACAAUAUUAGAUUUUCUAAGGAAUAUUUUAUCAACAUUUGUUUUGUUUUUUCAACUGUACAUGUAUGUUAGCAUUACCCCUCUUUCGCCUAACAUAUGGUUUGUAUGCUUGUGAAAAUGUAGAUAAUGUAAUAGUCCUUUAUUUCUACAGUUAUAGCUAUAGUUAUAGCAGGUGUCUAAAUUUGUAAAUGUAAUCAAUUUUACCCUGUAACCAGUUUGUAUUGGCAGAAUAACAUACGACUUUGUAACUUCACAUACUUGUGUGCAUCACAUCAACAGAUCCAGUAAAGUACUCUUGUAACGAACCGGAAGGGACCAUGAUAGUUAGUUUGUUAUAGCAGUAGUUCGUUGUACACAUCUGUAUAAAUUGGUCAUUAAUGUAUAGGGAGAUAAAACAGGACUUUACGAUCAGUCCAUUCUAUGCAGUAGUUCGUUCUAAGCAUGUUCAUUAUAAGUGUACUUUACUGUAUAUCACAAAAACAUUCACUUAGGUGCUUGUACACAGUGUAGCUGAAUUUGUUUUUUUUCCUCUCAAUGUUUGAUGAAUGACAGGAUAAAAAUAAUAACCAGUUUAAUUGUGUAGAAUAUCGGCUUUAUCCUAUUCAGGAUAAAUGGUGAAUUCCUCUUGGCAAACCUCGCAAUAUUCUCCAUUCUUACCAUCACGGAAUAAAGCUAAUUUUUUACAAACCUGUUGGUAAGAACAUCAUUUGUUAGCUGAUCAAGUACAUUUGCAUUGGUCCAUCUCCAAGUAAGAUUUUAAACUUUUCUUUUCAGUUAGGGUAGCCAGAUGCAUUUGAAGAUUACUAUAUGUUUAUAAAUCAAGAGUUCUUUUCCAAAACACGAUAUAUACAACUCAGCAUUAUGACAAUAGAGUUUUCUCAAAAUGCUAUCUAUGUGCAUUAAACAGAAUAUUAAAACUAUAUAUACUUCUUCCUAUGAUAUACACUGUCAUGUUAUGUCAUGUUUCAAUAAAAACACAUUUUUUUCUCAAAAUCACUUAAAUGGAUAUAUCACAUUUUGGACAUGAAUUCUUCAAAUAUAUAUGACAUGACUAUAUGCAAAAAACUUUGGGCUGAAUUUACAAAGCCUGUUUUAGACUUACAUGUGUGUAACUACUUACAUUUACAAUGCUUAAACACUCAUGUUUAAGGAAUACAGGCUUCAUGAAUUUGGCCCUUUGUGUUUGCCAAAAAUUCAAUUCAGUGUUGUAAGAUGACCAAAACUUGAAGACUUUUAGUUGUUUUAUACAAAUAAUUUUGGACAGUUACUAGAUGGGAUAUAUAUAUGCUGAUUUAUGUUUGGAAAGUGGCCUUCGUUGCAAGUUACAGUUAUAUAGAAUUUUUAUCUUGCCUUAAGUCAAAGUAUUACUUAUCUGAUGGUGGCAGAUUUUUGUGUUUCUGCAUAUUGCUGCAUUUUUCACAAACUGUAAAUCCUAGAAUAAUAAACAUGUUUGUGGUUGCAACCAUGUAUGUUAAUAGCAAUGAAUGCUAAAAAAAAUGUUUUAAUUUAUUAAAUAAAAUAAAAUUCAUUUAUUUAAAAUUUAAUACGGGUAAUUUAAUUUUUAGAUUAAUCAUGAAUUUUACAUCACAAAUUAUUUCAUGUAUAAAAUUAAUCAAAUGUUAUCUUUUUAACAUUCAUUGAGAUGUACAUCUAUGGAUUUGAAUCAGUUUAUAGUGGUAAAGCCCCGGUCACACUGUCAAGGAUCGCCUGGAUGAAAACCUCAUGGAUGAUCCCGGAUAGUGGUCUAUCCGCAGUUCCCUACGGAUGCACCAUGGUUUAACUACGGUUAAACCAUGGACUAUUAAGGAUAGGGGUUAGUUGACAACGGGGAUCGCUACGGGUCGCUACGGGUUGCUAUGGAUAGCUAAGGAUUGGUACAGUUCAGUACGGACCACAACAGAUUGUCACGAAUGAUGCCGGAUCAUAUCCAUGGCUAACCCGGCAUCCUGAUUCUUGACAGUGUGACAGGGGCUUAAGACGUUUAAUUCUGUGGAAUUCUUGUUUUAUGAUGUUCUGCCUUUUUUAUAAAUAAAUAAAAAAUGUGUGGUAUGCCAUAUAUAUCAGGGAUCUAUAUAAGCUCAGCAUUUGUUAGCCAAUCAGUUAACACUAUUAAUUAUAUUUUUAGAGCCAAACAAUGCUAUAAUAUUUUUAUUAUCACAUGUUUUGUAUGGUAAUUGUUUUAUGUGCAUACAACUUUGAUGCCAAAAGUCUGCAGACUUUGAUAUGUGGUUGUGACAUUUGAGUAUUAAUCGGAUUUUCAUGUAUUUUGAAGUGACUGAAAAAAAAUGUCUUCAUGUUUUUGUUCUUAUACACCCAUAAGUGUUGUUACUUAAUUAAUUAUCACAAUUGCAUGUUUGCUGUAUGAAAUUAUGAAUCCAUUGAGAAUUGUAUUUUAAUAAUGCAUAUAAAACAGGGAUGUGACGUUUUCAACAGU